CGCCGCCGCCGCCAGCAAGCAGUGCCGUUAUAGCAUUAGCUGACAAAGAGCAUGCUACCCCGGACGAACAGCGGGCGGCAGGUGCUGGCACGCUGACUGAGAAGGAGCCCGCGCAAUAAUAGUUACUUGGAGGAACGCCUUGUCUGAGAUUACUUACGCUGGUGGAGAACAGUGACAGCGACUCCAUACUUACACCAAGUUAAUAGAACCCUCCCACUUUUGUUGGCAGCAGCAGCAGGGCCAUCUGUUGCCGCCUGGGCACUCGAGAUUUUUGGCUCGAGAGGUUCCUCUGUUCAAAAUAAUACUAACGCUACCACUUGUUGCUCUUUUUCCUUUCCCUUCAUCCUGCGCAGUUUCAUUAUUUUUUGGCGUCACUGUCUUUAAUUAUAAUUCCGAAUCUGCUCCCCUCCCCUUCCUUUCUUCUCUUCUUUCUCAUACAGUUCCUCCUCUGCUGCUUCCGCUCCAGCUUAAUAUACGCCGCACGGUGUCCGCCUUUCUACCUUAAUUAGCAGACUCCAGAGGAUGGGCUGGCGGCUUUCGUUGUCCGUCGCUUGCUGAAUAUGAAUAUCCCUCCGUUCCGGCCGUCGCGUGCCCUUGCAUUCUCGCUGCUGGUCGUCUCGCUCAUAGCGUCAAAGUGUCUGCAUCUGCUGCAAUUCGUGGGCUCGGUCCCGCUACUACAUUUCAUCGUCUUCCUUCCAACGCUAUUCAUUUCAGAUUGCCUGGUCGCGCUUGUUGGUCGGGUAUUGCUCCAUGGCGGUGGUGGUGGUGCCCUGCCAGCUAUCGGCCUGGCGCUGGGGAGCUUUCUCUCGGCGGUAACUUUUCUGGCCGCUUCGUCGCAGAUCGGCUUCUACUAUGUCACUGGAACUGAGAUGCAGUGGGAUAAUGCGAGAAAUGUUGCCUCGGAUCCUGCUGCCGUACGUAUAAUGCUCAGUGGACUCCUCCAAGUAUCAGUCUCGGGGUUGGUGCUUUUGCUUUUGGGUUGGAUCUUGACACCGUUCCUUUACAACAGGAUUGGAUACUGGAUGUCGGGAGUCUGGAGGAUGUUCACGGGUCCCAAGUGGGAGGCGGUACUCCCGACGGUGCGAAACCAGAAUGAGCAGUCACAGAAAGGGGGUAUCAGAGUCAAGCCCGUGUGCUUGGUUGUGAUCUUUGUGACGCUGGUCAUCUUGCAAAUAUUGCGGCCGUCAACGCCUUAUGGGCUCAUGUCAACCACUAUCCCAGUAGCCAUGCUACGGAUGUUCUCAAGGCCUCACUCACACUCGCAUCCGGAUUCAAAUGCAGACAAAUGUUCACCACACGUCGCGGCCUAUCCGCUUGUAAACCUCACCACGCCGGACAACUGGGAGAAACCAAAUGGCAAUUUCAAAGGCUGGGCGCCAGGCCCAGAUAAUGAUAUGAUCAAAAGCUACCGUAACCGCCGCCCAGAAUGGCUCCCCCAUACCCUUCCAGACGGGUUCUUUCGAUGGGGCAAACCAUCUGAAGAUGAACAAAAUGCUACAUCGAGCACGACGGAGUGCAACAAGACUGCCUCGACUACAUACUACUAUAAUCCUGUUGCAGAUCCUAUGCGUAUCACUAACCUAGAUCUUGGGGUAUACAAUGACCUGGAAGAGGUAUUCCGGAAUGAAUCCGUCCUCAUCUCGCAUGUGUUGCUGAUCACCAUGGAAAGUGCACGCAAAGAUAUGUUCCCUAUGCAGGAAGGCUCAUUCGUGCAUAAAGCUAUCAUCGAGUCUAAUGAAGAGGAAGAACAAAAGGAGAAGAACAAGCUACUUUCACAGUUGACACCGGUUGCCCACCAGAUCACUGGCGAGGGUUUCUGGAAUAAACUCAAGCCAAAUCAGUCUGCAUUUGGAAUCCCAGACGGCACAUGGAAAGAUUCCGCAGCUCCGGGAAUGGGGGGCCUCAACAUCAAGGGUGCCGUGACUGGAAGCACCUUAUCUGCAAAAAGCUUCAUAGGCAGCCACUGUGGAGUCCAUCCGCUGCCGGUUGAUUUCCUGGAAGAGGUGACCACGAACAUCUACCAGCCAUGCAUUCCUCAUAUAUUGAAUCUGUUCAAUCAGGCCAAGGAAGGCCACGAGGAGAGAGCAGCGGGCAAUCAUAGCGCAUCCAAUAAAGUGCCCCAUGUCAAGAAGCGCAAAUGGAGAUCCAGGUUCAUACAGGCGUCCACAGAUGGGUAUGAUAGGCAAGGAAAGUUAAACAAGCAGCUCGGGCUGUCGGACUUUAUCGUCAAGGAGACUUUGACGGAUCCAACGUCAAAGUAUUACCCUCCCAAGCACCCUGAGCUCAACUAUUUCGGAUAUCCCGAUGAAGAAAUGAAGCCAUGUAUCAGCGAUACCAUUGACGAGGCUUUAGAAAACAAUGAACGGCUCUUCCUCUCACAUUUCACCAGUACCACUCAUCAUCCAUGGAAGGUUCCAUACGAAUUCAAUCGCGAGAAAUAUACUGGCUCCAAGGGAAAUGCGGACCAUGAGAAUAUGAAUAAGUAUCUCAACACCUUGCGAUACGACGAUGCCUGGCUGGGCCAGAUAUUGGGUUUGCUUGACGAAAAGGGUAUUGCCAACGAGACUUUGGUUGUCGUUCUGGGAGACCAGUAAGUUCCCUUUUGUCGAUGUUGUGCAAAGAUGAAAUGCUAACUCCGUUAUAUCGCAGCGGACAAGCAUUUGAAGAAGAUGCUCCUGUCCAAGGCACUUAUCAAAACGGUCACAUCAGCAAUUUCCGGGUCCCUAUCGUCUUCCGCCAUCCGCUUCUUCCUCGUAUCAAUGUGGAAGCUAACGCAACCUCGAUGAGCGUUCUUCCUACGAUCCUCGACCUUCUCGUGAACUCCAAAUCACUCGAUGCCCACGACGCUUCUAUCGCCCAAGACCUUAUCCACGACUACCAGGGACAGUCUCUUAUCCGUCCCUUCAGGUCAGAGUACAAAGGUCGACAGGCCUGGAACAUUGCUGUCAUUAACGCAGGCGGGAAGAUGAUCUCCGUAUCGUCUGCAGCAACACCAUGGCGGGUUGUGGUCCCGCUCGACGGCGAGUCGCAGUAUGUCUUCAGCGACCUCCGCACAGAUCCGAACGAGCUUGACACUCUUACUGGCUGGAAAAUCGACUAUCUGCUCCCCGCCGUGAAAACCAAACACGGCGCGGCUGCGAGACAGUGGCUCAAGGAAGCCGAUGAGGUUGCCAGCUGGUGGGUGAAGGAGAUGCAUCAUCUCUGGAAUUACAACAAAGACUCGAGCAGCUAGUCAGUCAGCCGGUCAAGCUGAGGAUGAGCGUUUGAUCUUCGAACGGCCGUACCCCCACGGCCUGACCAAAAAAAAAAAAAAAGACCCCUGAAGAAAGAGGAUCAGGGCCCCAUACUUUGGCUUGUUACUUGGUACUUUGCACGGAGUACAACUUCAUUUUCUGUCCGAUGAGAUUCACGAAAACGAUAACGAAUGCCCUUUGAAAGCGAUUCCCUCCAUAUGUCUGUGAGGCUGAGAAUAUUUUCUCGAUCUCACCACCGUUCUAAUCUAGGAUGCGUCUUCCGAGACCUGCGUGCAUUCAGGGGAAAAGGAUGAACUGCACCACCACGUAUCAUCUCGAUCGUCCCCAUGUCUCAGCAUAUCCCUACAUACUUGAUGACAUGGAUGUUAUCUGAUGCUUUUUCCUUUUCUUCUUUUCUUCCUUUUUAUUCUAAACUUAGCAUCGGCGUUGAAUCCUUGGUUAUAAGAGGCCACGGCGUUAUGUUUUUCUUCUUCUUACCAGUUUCUCAUCUCCUUUAUUUAGAGGUUGAAAUGGUUAUGAUAGGCAAAGCUGUGGAGGCCUUUCUUUUCCUUUUUUCCUCCCCCUUCUUUUCAGAUCGAUCUAUACGGGAGUUCUGGCGGCAUCUUUACUCGAAUAGUAAUGGUUGUUUUUAUGCUGUUUUGAUAACUAGAGACGGGAGCUUAACUAGAUAGCAGCCAUAGCCAGGGCGCAUGCACGGCAAUGACACCC